UCAAACAUCAGUUUUUUAAAAUUGAAUCUUUUCGUAAUUGCUGGUGGAAAUAUAGACGCUUUUGGUAUAUCGUCGCACCCUAUGGACCACCAAUGGAUGUGCCAGCUGAUGUUGCUGAUUUUAGCGGCCGACCCCAAACAUAGCCACGCUCAGAUUCUACAGCCGAUGUCCACAGCCUCGUCCUUUGUGAUCCUGCCGAAGAUUGUGGGCGGCUAUACGGUCACCAUUGACCAAGUGCCCUUUCAGGUGUCGGUUCGCCGACGUCCUGUCCACCAGCGGCGCUUUGGAAUGGGUCAUGUGUGCGGCGGAGCGGUCAUCUCCCAGCGGGUCGUCUGCUCGGCGGCCCACUGCUACGCCAUAAAUAACUCGGUACCGCUGCACUAUCGUGAUCCAGAGCAAUUUGUGGUCGUGGCCGGCAGCAGCGCCAUCGAUCAUGCGGACCGCUUCACCCAGGAGUACCUCGUCCAGCAGAUCGUAGGCCACGAGCGGUACAACAUGACCACGCUGGAGAACGACAUCGCCCUGCUCUUCCUGAAUGGAUUCAUUCCGUGGCAAUCGCAUGCGAUUCGGCCGAUACCGCUGGCCACCGAAGCCCCCGAAGAGGGCACACUCUGUCUCAUACACGGUUGGGGCAAGGUCGCCAAGUUUUUCUCGCAGAAGGACAAAUCGGCCUCGUUGCAUCAGGCCCCUGUACCGAUACUGAACAAGGAGCUCUGCCAGGUGAUUUACAAGCUACCCGCCUCGCAGAUAUGUGCUGGAUUCCUGCAGGGCGGUAUCGAUGCCUGCCAGGGGGACUCCGGCGGACCGCUGAUCUGCGACGGACAUUUGGCCGGAAUAAUAUCGUGGGGCGUUGGCUGUGCGGAUCCAGGCUAUCCGGGUGUUUAUACCAAUGUAUCGCACUUUCUGAAAUGGAUUCGGAAAGCCAACGCUUCACUGGAUUACUCUGAGUAUCGCCAAAUGACGCCGCAGAGUCUGGCUAGCCGUCGAUCUAUAUCAUCCACGUUCUUGGAUAUUGGCCUUCUGGGACUUAUCAUUAGCCUUCUUUGACGAUCGGACAGCACAAUAAAUCGCUUUCUCUUGUUUGUUCUACAAUUAAUUUAUCUAAUCGUGGCGAGGAGGUACCCACUUGUAGAUUGUCCAAUAGUUGACGUUAAUCAACGGUGAUCGACGGCAUUGAUGACAUCAGAGG